ACUUUUACUUUCUCUUUCUUCAUUCUUCGGAGUUUAUUAUUUUUCAAAUGCAGACUUUUUUCCUUCUCCAGUACAGUGCUCUGAAUGUUUAUGACUUUGUGCAGCUGUUACGACGUUCUGCAUUAGCACUCUCAAUGUUUGAGAAAAUAGAUAGCUUCGUUUUCUAGGUUGUGUCCCCAAAGAUGCUUGCUUUGUCUUUUUGUUUUUGUGUGUAGGAAACGAACUAAAAUGUGUGUCUAGAAGUUUGGAACUGCAAAAACAAGAAUAAUCAGCCGUCUCGUUCAUUGUUUUCAUCUUCAAAUACAAAAAUAAUAAAAAAAGAAUGGUUAAGCCCGGUUUAGUAGUUUUUUUUUAUCGAAAAAUGCUUGCAGCCCUAAUUGUAUAUAUUUAGAGUAGAACUGUUCCUAUAAGUACAAUGCAUGUUUUGGUUUUAGUGUUCCUUGGAUUAAGCACAUUGAGUAGUUUUGUGAAAUUCUGUAUCGCUCAAUUUUGAGAGUUGUCAUGGCGUGCUGCAUGAGGUGUUCCAAAAGGAUGAAGAUAUGCUGUGGUGUCACUGCUGCUAUUGUGAUUUUGUUGGUGGUGAUCCUGGUGAUCUUGAUCUUCACUGUCUUCAAGCAGAAGGACCCUACCGUCACCUUGCAGUCGGUUAAGGUUAAAGAGGCGAGUUUGGUUGUUUUCCCGGUUGAGGUAAUAAACGUGUCCUUGGGCAUAUUGCUCACGGUUGAGAACCCCAACUAUGGAAGCUUUAGUUACCACAACAGCACGGCUUAUCUUAAUUAUCGUGGGAAGCUUUUGGCUACUGCCCCAUUGCAUGAGGACACACUUCCAGCUCGUGGAUCUCUGAACAUCAGCACUACUUUGAAUUUCUAUGCAGAUGACAUAAUGAAGGUUCUGGAUUUAGUGGCUGAUCUUGUUAAAGGUGUUAUAAAUUUUACUUCAACAACCACCUUGGAAGGGCGUGUCAAGGUGCUGAACCUCUUCAAGAAGAAAGCCACUAGUUCCUCCUUUUGUGAUAUCUCUGUAUUCGUACAUGACAAGAGUGUUAAUUCUACUUGUGAAAUAGAUGUCAAACUUUGACUAAUAUUGCGUCGAGGGAGACAGCUCAAGUAUUGUAUUGUUCAAGUCGUUAGUGUCUAAGCAACCCUUAGUUUCUAUCCCUCUUGCAGUGGAUUUGAUAUUGUCUGUGUGACUUUUCCUUCUAAGAUUGCUUUUGAAACCUCAAGUGCAUAAAGGCAGGCUUCUCUAGUAUAUACUUCAUAAUCAUUGUUAUAUUUAAAAUCUCCUAGCAUUUAUAACUCGCUAUUGUCUUC